AUGCUUCCACCAACUACCUCCGCUACCUAUGCCAAGUUCUUCUUCAGCCUUCUGGAAGAUACUGGGCGAUUUGAGUGUCGCCUCUGCACCAAGCAUGUCGCGCAACAACAAGGCAAAGGGUUCACCAACUUGAUGAGCCGCCUUAUGACACGCCAUCCGGACUACCCCACGGUGCACUCCGACGCUCUCCGUGCGUCGACGCCGGCGAUUCCAGUCGCAACAUUCGUCUCCGACACGUCAAAGGCCCUGUUCGGAUGGAUGGAUCUUGUUGUGACCAAUCACCUUCCCUUCUCCACGGUCGAAGACGAAACCUUUCGUAAGUACUUCGGCCUCCAAGCAACCACAGCGCCAACGCUACGCUCGACAAUGAACGACGUUUGUUUUGCUGUGGAAGCAAAAAUCCAGCAGCAACUCCCUGAACUCUUUGGUAUCGAACUCUACUCCAAGAAGUUGGAUGCGAUCACGUUCGUCAUUGGCGACAACUGCUCCGUGAACCAGCGGAUAGCGGGUCUACUCAACGUCCCCCUCAUUGGUUGUGUGAGCCACCACUUCAAUCUCGCCGUUCAACGUAUGAUGGAGGAGCACAAGAACCUCUCGGACCGUAUCCACUGUGUCAUGCUGCGAGCGCGCAACGUAAAAAAUCGAAGUGCGCUACGUUUGUUGACCCCGUUGCCCCCCAAACUGAGGAACGAUACAAGAUGGAGCUCAACCUACGCUAUGGUGGCCCGUUUCUUCGAAAUUAAGGAUCACUUGGCGGCGAUAACGGACUUGCGGGCGAUCUUCCCAGCGCCUGUUGAGAUCGAUGCCAUGCACUCGCUCCGGGCUUUUCCUUCGAUGUCCCACCACCUCAGCCCGCGUGCUGCGAUCGUGAAGCAUCCCGACUUUGAGACAGCAGUGAUCAACGUCAUCGACGGUGCUGUUGGUGAGUUGACGGAGGUCGAGCGUUCGGCACUCUCUGGGUUUGAAAUCGCGACGGUGAUUUCCCCUGCGAGCCAGCGCCCUGAGGCCAGUGCAGGUCUUGCGAUGGACAUCCUGCGAUCGAAGAGUGCCAAGUUGUCGGACCAAGUGGUCAUGGGAGAGAAUGUUAUCCAGGGCGAAGGUGGUGUACUCGCCCUUGCGGCAACGUAUGACACCUGA